AGGAAGCACUGGAGAGUGAAGCCCUGCUCGACAAGAUAUAUUUUUUGUGUACCGCGAAUGAGCAUAUUUGUCUAAAUUAGUGCUUUUAUUUUUUAUUCGUCUUCACCGAGCGGAGGAGGACGUUUACCAUGGCAGCAGUGGCUGUACUGCGGAAUGAAACACUUCAGGCUUUUCUUCAGGAUCGCACUCCAAACUCUUCCCCAGAGAACUGUAAGCACUCUCCGCUGGCUCUCCUGGCUGCCACUUGCAACCGGAUCGGGCAUAACCACGGAUCAAACCCCGCUGAUUUCCUCCAGGUCCCCUACGAUCCCACGCUGGGUUCUCCUUCGCGUUUAUUUCACCCGUGGACUAACGAGGGAAACCCUCAGAGCAGCCUGGCCAACAACUCUACUUUCGGACUAUCCUCCAAGCCCCAGCUCUCUGCGCACAUCCAGAGCUCCUUCAGCUCCCACCACGAACUGCCCCUCACCCCUCCGGCGGACCCCUCGUACCCCUAUGACUUCUCCCCCGUGAAGAUGCUGCCUUGCUCCAUGCAGUCCACCUGCCCUCCCACCUACGUCCCCGCCGUCAGCUACGCGGCUCCAGCGCCCAUUCCCUCCGCGAUGCCAAGUUUUGUCACGGGACCCUCCGGCCUUGUGCACCAGCAGCAGAGACAGUUGUCCCCAAACGCUGGAGAGGAUAUUCCGUGGUGGAGCCUCCAGCAGGGGAACCACGUAAGCCACUCUUCCUCACUCGGUCCUCACCGCUUCCAGCUGCAGAGGGGCUUGGUUCUGGGACACACGGACUUUGCGCAAUACCAGACGCAAAUCGCCGCUCUGCUGCACACAAAGUCCCCCCUCGCGACUGCGCGGCGGUGCAGGAGGUGCAGGUGUCCGAACUGCCAGUCCUCCACGUCCAGCGACGAGCCCGGGAAGAAGAAGCAGCACAUUUGCCACAUACCGGGUUGCGGGAAAGUUUAUGGGAAAACUUCUCACCUCAAAGCGCACCUCAGGUGGCACUCGGGGGAGCGGCCGUUUGUGUGCAACUGGCUGUUCUGUGGCAAGAGUUUCACCAGGUCGGAUGAGCUGCAGAGACACCUGAGGACUCACACAGGGGAGAAGCGCUUUGUUUGCCCGGACUGCUGUAAAAGGUUCAUGAGGAGUGACCACUUGGCAAAACACGUCAAAACUCACCAGAACAAAAAGAGCAAAUGCCACGACAAGACACUUGAUCACGUGAAAAGAGAGGACACCAGGAUGUUGUAACACACCUUAUAGUCAUCUUAAACAGUAGACUUUAAAAUAGUGCAAUACAGUCAGUCCUACACUAGUUACAAGUUCACAGUGAGCUGCAUUUUUGUAGGGUACUUGGUUAAUUUUGUUGGUCGAUUUCUUACAUCCUGACAAUAGUUCUAACAUUGCUGGUCUGUGUAGCACAUUUGUGUGUGUGUGUGUGUAUAUAUAUAUAUAUAUAUAUAAAGUUUCAUAAGUUAAUUUGGGACCAUGGAGGAGCUCAUAAGUUUGAAUUCACUGUCUAUAUCAUAUCAAGGAAGACAAGUUUUCAACUUGUGUUUUGAUCAAUGUCUUCGGUGGAAGAUUUCACUCCCCUGUAAAUGAUAUUUAAUAGCUUUUGUUGAAUGAAAGUGUCUGUUUUUGCUCCAUAUGGGGUGUUUAUAAAAGCAUGCUCUCCAGAAGAUCUGCUAUUGUUAAU